AUGGACGCUCGUAUCGAUGUCUUCCGAGCCCUCGGCCUCAAAGAAGGUGAUGCCCACGUCAUCCGCAACGCAGGCGGACGUGUCAGCGACGCUCUGCGCAGCGUAAUUAUCUCGCAACAACUCCUCGGCACGCGCGAAAUCGUCGUUGUCCAUCACACGGAUUGUGGUAUGCUAACAUUCACCGACGACCACCUCCGAAGCAAAAUCAAAGACGACUUGAAACAGAACGUCGAUCAUAUCGCGUUCCUUCCCUUCAAAGACUUGAAGCAGAGUGUUGUCGAUGAUGUGCAGGCGCUGAGGAACAGUCCGUUGGUGCUUGACGUGCCCGUUACGGGAUAUGUGUACGAGGUUGAGACAGGGAAGAUUGUCAAGGUUGAUGUUUGA